GGCUUCCAAUGAGACAAAACAGUUUCUUCUCAAGUUAAAGAGUGAAGUGGAACAAUAGACAAGAAAGAAAUGAUAGGCGGCAAGGACGUUUACAAUGUGAUUGCUGCCACCUUCCCUCUAUAUGUGCCCGUCUUCCUUGGCUACGGCUCUGUGAGGUGGUGGAAGCUCUUCACUCCUGACCAGUGCAAGGGCGUCAACCGGUUUUCAGUUUUCUUCAUCAUGCCAUUCUUCAGCUUCGACUUCGUCUCCCACAUCAAUCCCUUCGAUCUCGACUGUCGAUUCCUUGCGGCUGAUGUGGUCUCGAAGGCUAUAACAGUCGUCGUGUUGGCUCUAUGGGCUAAGUUCACUAGCAAGGGCAGCUAUUCUUGGUCCAUAACAGGCUUCUCUCUCUCUGCACUCACCAACACGCUGGUCGUGGGUGUGCCGUUGCUGCAUGCCAUGUACGGGAAGGUAGGUCAGGACCUUGUCAUCCAGGCGUUUUUGCAGCAAGCCAUAGGGUGGUUCAUAGCUCUACUGUUUGUGUUGGAGUUGAGGAAUGCUACCAACAGCUUUAAGGUCUCCCUCACAGUCCCUCCUCAUCACAUGGGUUCACAUAUUGUGUCGAUGGAUAAUAAGGUCACAAAGGAGGCAGAAGAAAGUGACGAGAGUGUGAAGGAGAUGAGGACUUCAAUGUGGGAGGUAAUUAAGGUGGUGGGUCUGAAGGUUGUUGUGAACCCUAAUACAUAUGCAAGUGUUUUUGGACUCGGGUGGGCCUUCCUUUCUAGUAGGUGGCACUUCGGCAUGCCAAGCUUGAUGGAAGGAUCGAUCAAAAUACUUUCCAAAUGUGGUAGUGGAAUGGCAAUGUUCAGCAUAGGGUUGUUUAUGGCGUUGCAGGAGAAGCUGAUUGCAUGUGGGCCUAGAUUGACAUUGUUGGCAAUGGUGCUGAGGUUCAUCGUGGGUCCUGCAGUUACGGCCAUUUCCUCUAUCGUUGUUGGCCUCAAAGGCGUUGUUCUUUGCGUCGCCAUCAUUCAGGCAGCACUGCCACAAGCAAUUGCCUCAUUUGUCUAUGCAGAGGAAUACGGCUUGCAUCCUGAGGUGCUAAGCACAGCGGUCAUAUUCGGGACUCUCGUCUCACUGCCAGUUUUGAUUGCAUACUACGUGGUUCUUGGGCUCUUCAACUGAACACAUCCUCUGCUAAAACGAGCGAGUAGGCCCUCUUAAUAAUAUCGUAGCUAGACCACGUUAUACUUCGCUCAACUUGGAGUCUUUGCCUCAUAAUACGGUUUACUGUUGGAAACAUCGUGAAAUUUGAUACAUCAUAAUAGAGAUCCUCAUUGUGAUUGUGCAACUAUCAAAUCUGAUUUAUUAAACAUGCUGCACUAUUUAGCAAGAUGGGACGUUACACGGCAGUAAGAAGUGUCUCCAUUGAUUGGAAGAGCGGGUGUUGUCAACAUACUCCACUGUAAAUCUAGUUGGUAAUGCAACUAGGGAUGUCAAUGUGUUCGAUUUGAAUCGGAUAUCUAAUCAAACCAU